UCGGAACAGCCGUAUUUAAUCUGGUAACAGACGGCUAUGCCAUUUUAUGACAGAAAGGACCCCGUAAUCCAGUUAGUUUACAUGGAUCGACAAUAUCAUAGGGCUACGCAACUCCAUGUGGGGUUGCGCGUUGUAGUUUCAAGGCCAAGUGUUGACUGCAUAACUUACUACCGUUCCCAAGAUUCUCAGUUCUGGCACAGUGUUUCCGGAGUUUGUGUUGUCAGGGGGGAAGGUGGACGCCUGGACCUGUUGGGCUGAAGAUGACGGGACGGGGAAUCGGACACCAGUGCGCAAUCCCAGCCGAACAGCCCCGGAGAUAAGACACAACUUCAGACCAGCACACGGGUAAUGUCCAAUGGAUACCCUGAUGAGUGCGGUGGGUCCCAGGGGCCCGGCGCCGGCCAAGCGUCCUGCGGAGGUGGACUUCCGCUCGGGCACGGCCCUGGAGCAACUCUCGGCCCAGGUGAUGGAGCUGGUGCAGCUGGAGCAGGGCGAGUUCGGGGACCAGACCGCACUGGAGGUGCACACCGCCAAAGACUUCAUCUUUAACAUGCUGGGACUGGUCCAGAAAGUAGACCAGCGUCUGCCCGUCUCCAACGAGUACCUCCUCCUGAGCGGCGGUGCCCGAGAGGGCGUGCUGGACCUCAACCCAGAGGAGCUGGGCGACUACGCCAAGGGUGUGGACUUUGACCUUGACUUCACCUUGCUGGUGCCCGCCAUCAAGCUGCACGACCGCAAUCAGCCGAUCACAUUGGACAUGCGCCAGUCGGCGCCCUGCCACUCCUGGCUGAGCCUGAGGCUUUGCGACCCCGCCAUGUUGGCCCGGUGGCGAAGCUGCUGUGAAGACGAAGGUCAGACUCAGAGCCAAGGGUCGUCACCAAACGGGCACCACGUCGACCUUCUGAGCUCGCCGAACGGUCACGUUGACCUCUUGAGUUCGCCAAACGGGCACGGUGACCUCCUCGGCUCGCCCAAUGGUGACAUAGGCAGCGGCAGCGGCGGCGUAGUCAGCGGAGGGAUUCCGCGAGGCGUCCCUCCGUCGCUCCAGUCGUCGCCUCAGUCUCUCGACGGGUGCUACUUCUCCCCGGCGCUCGUCACCGACUGGUUCUGGGAGGUCGUGAACGUGGCAGUGGAGGAGCUCAGACGGAACCCUCAGCGGGGCAUUCCGGUGCCGGACCGGGUGGAGCGCAACGGGCCCGUCACGACGCUGGUCCUCACGGCCGGGACCAGCCGGGUGCUGUACGACCUCCUGCCUGUGGUGUCCUUCCGCGGCUGGCCCGCCGUGGCCCAGGGCUGGCUGACCACCAACCACUUCUGGGACGGCAAGAUCACGGAGGAGGAGGCCAUCAGCGGCUUCUACCUGCUGCCCUGCUGCUCGCCGCGCGGAGGCCGCCCCGACCGGGAGUGGAGACUGGCCUUCUCCCGGAGUGAGGUGCAGCUGAAGAAGUGUGUCCCUUACCCGGCCGCCCAGGCUUUCCAGGCGGCCAAAGCCGUGCUCUCCCGGCUCCUCUCCCGGCCCAGGACGGGCCUCAGCCUCUACCACCUGAGGGCGCUGCUCUUCUGGGCCUGCGACCGCCUCCCCACUGCCUACCUCAGCUGUCCCGACAGAGAGACUCCCGCCCGCCUCUUGCUCGGUCUCCUAGACGACCUGGCGCACUGCAUUCUGGGUAAGAACUGCCCCAACUACUUCCUGCCACAGUGCAACAUGCUGGAGCACCUGACGGACAGCGCCGCCCUACUGGCAGCCAGGAAACUGGCACAUCUGAGGUCGGAUCCAGGUGAGCACCUGCGAGCAGCCCUUGAGCAAGCCAGACAGGCCAGCCAACUGAAGAAGGAGGCAGCAGGCAUGGCAGGAGCCAACGGGCACGGGGGAGCAGGAGGAGCAGGCUUCUGCUCGUCUCCCGGUUCCCCUGGCUCCCUGUCGCCGGAGGAUGACCGACUGGCCCAGAGGCUCCAGCAGCUGGUGACGGAGAACCCCGGCAAGAGCAUAUCGGUGUUCCUCAACCCGGACGACGUCACGCGGCCACACUUCCGCAUAGAUGACAAAUUCUUCUGACCUCUCUGGAGAAGAACAGCGGAAGAACAAGUCUUUUAUUUCUCUCUUCCAGCUGGACCUCAAUUUCACAAAGUCAAUCUUUGUGUGAUUUUCGCCACUUCAAAAGUGGCAAGAUGAUUUAUGUACAUGGCACAAGUUUUGCCGUCUCUUUUACAAAAAAAAGAACUAGCUGGACCCUCACACUCAAAGAUCUUCUUGCGUGGCUGUGACAUCUAAGAGCUGCAAGAUCUUAUUUACAGGACCUCAUACUCAGAGCUGUACCAAGCAAAUUCUUCUUCUGAUGGACCUCACUAUGGCCACACUUUCACGUCAACGACAAGUUCUUCUGAGCUCUCUGUGUCUUUUGACAAGAAGAACUAGCUGGACCCUCAAAUUCCAAGACCCUCUUGUGCGGUGGUUACAGCAUCUUGGAGCUGCACGAUGUUUCUGUCCAGGACCUCAUGUCCAGAGCUGUACCAAGUAGGGAUGCAAACGAUUAAUUGAUAGUUUGCAUCCCUAGUACCAAGCCAUUUCUUCUUCUGGUGGACCUCAGAGCGUCCACACUUUCUCAUCAAUGACACAUUCUUCUGAGCUCUCUCUCUUUAUUUUAAGAAAAGGAACUAGCUAGGCCCUCACACUCCAAGAUGUUCCUGUGUGGUUACGACAUAUGACAGGAGCUCCAAGAUCUUUUCUCCAGGACCUCACACCCAAGAGAUGUACCUUAGCAUUGAUGACAAGGGCUUCUGAGUAUUUUCGAGAGCACAAUGGUGUCGGGGACCAUCAAAGCUGCCAGAUCUAGGGUAGCAUCGGGCAGCGUCAUGCUAACAGGGUGAUAUCUUCAUAAGAGCACAGUACAUGAGGAUGAAAGAUGUACAUUAAUAAUCUGACAAAUAAUCUGACCAACUCAUAGAAAUUGAAAAGUAUCAAACACCAAUGUCUUGUGAGGUCCUGGCUAACUGGCGUCGUACAAAUAUCAGUAGGAAAGAAAUUGCAGCAGACUCUGCUACAUGUUUUCAAUUUAAGAUGGCUGAAACGUCACUUUAAAAAAUAUCCAGAAUGUGCGACACUUUCUUUUUCUUUUUAUUCUUGACAAGAGAGUAUCUGGGAACCAGUAUCAGGGCAUCCCAUCUGAGAUCUCUUGAGGACUACUUCUGAACAUUUUCUGAGCUAUAACUGAUGAACUACUUUGCACACUUACAUUGUCAGCGACGGGGCAGGGUAUGGGUAUCUCUUUCAGAGUGCACUGGAAAUGGUUUGACAGGACUUUUUUUGUUGGAGCUUUACCACAAAUGUGACUACGGUAAUCUGUGAAGCUCUCAGCCCCCUAUCUAAUGCAUCCCCUGAUUUCCUUGAAUAGCUACCCCCCCCCCCCCCCCCUUGACUUCCUUGGAUAGCUUCUGUGCAGGUAGGGUGGGGCAUUUGUGGGAUAGCAAUCAACACAAAACGGCCUGCUGAGCUGCAGCUCCGAAUAUGCUUUAUUCCAACCCCCAGCCCAACUCCACCACCCACUGACUUAAUCGAACAGCUACCAAGCUAAAGAAUAAUGCAAUGCAAAUGCUGGAGGUAACCCCACUGUUUUAUGCACAGGGAAGGCACCACACACUGAUACA